AUGACCCCCAAGCAGUUUCGCGCAGGGGAUUUCGAAGCCCGCUUGGCUGCUCGGGCCCAGAGCCUGGUUCUCUUGGGCAAGAGGCUGCCAAGGAUCGCCUCUGCAGCAGCGACCAUUCUCCUCGCCUUCAGUGUCUCUGUGGCCUUGGGUCCUGAGGGUCCUGAGCCUGCAUGCGCUUCAUGCGAUCGUGAACCAGGAAUGUCAUGUGCAAUCUGCAAGGGCCGGCCCCUGUUGGGAUUGCGAAGCUUCUCCGGGCUGCUGGCAGGUCUUUCGAUCGUCAUGCUGCUACUGAAGUACCGAGUGAUUCCCAAGAUCAUUCCUCCGGAUGAGUUCAAGUCCGAGUCGGGCUUCUGCUUGGGCAAGUACUACGGCUUUGCUGCGCAAGUCCUGUAUCACUGUGCGCUGGUGACAUGCUUCCUCGCCGCGGCCUGGAACCGUUCUCCCGCUCUCUACCACAUGGCGACCUUGGCAGAGCCGGCAUACUGCACCUUGGACAUCCUUCUGUUGCUCUUCACAGGGGCGUCAUUCACUCACUGGCAGGCAGUCCCGCUGCUGGUGCACCACACCAUCUCCUGCGCCUGCACGCAUGCGCUGAUGUACGGCCUGCCCGACUCGAUCUUCGGCAUCCUCCUUCAGCUCGACUUCCAUGCCUCCAGCGCUGCAUGCCUGGGCAUUGCCAACGCACUUCUGACCCCCAGCCUCAACCUCACCUGUCGGCAGAGGUUGUCGAUGCAGACGGUAGCUAUGGGGAUUUGGGCUUUGACACGCGUUUGCCUGGUCUUUGUGCUAGGCUUCCUCCUUCUGUCAGAGGCUGCUCAUCUUGCGGACCGUGCCGUCCGAGCUGUGGUUAUCAUGGAGCUGAGCCUGGCAGCUUUGGGGUCCUUCGCUUUUGUCAUCAUCAAGACUCCCUUGCUUACAUCCGGCUUGCAGGAGGCUUUACAGGAGUACCGAGAAUGCCUCUACACGAAGGGUGUGGUGGCCUUGUGCGACGGCUUGGAGGCUGGCCGGCUGGCCGGCCGAGCAUGCCCGCACUCCGCUGACCCGGGGCGUGAAGCCUAUUGA